AUGGCGUCCAAAAAGAAGCUUCCGCGUUCACGACGAUGUAAUAACUCUGAAAAUUUCGCCGUUAAUUGCUAUUGCAUAACAGACGAACCGGAUUUAGUAACAGAAGCUUGCGAUGCACCAUGUUGUGUCGAUCAGGAUACUGGUGACUCUACAUCUAACGUUAAAUAUGAGGAAUUCGACAAUGUUUCUCAGAAGAAUAGGGUGAAAUUGCAAAAAGAUGAUAUCCACAGAGGUCCAUCAUUUGACUAUCUAGAUAUUAUCAUUGGACUUUCAUCAAUAGCUUUCUUUUUCUUUGAUGUUGUAACAGAUGUCUUAUUAGCUCGAGAUUACUUUCAUCAAGGUCGAAUGUGGCCGUUUGGCUUGACAGCUGCCUUUGUGAUUGGGCCAAGUAUAAUUACAUCAGUCCUUAAUAUAAGAUGGUACUUUCUUGACUAUGAAAGCCAACAAUGGUUGGUCAAGCAACAUGGUUCUAAAAAUGUAAAGCAGACAAGUUCAGUGUUAUGGAUUGUAAGAAUGCUUAUGACUGGAUUGAUGAUGGGACCAGUUAUCAGACAAAUUGAAUAUAUCUACAAUGGAAUAAAAAGCUCUGACAAAAAACUCCCCCCAAAGGAAAGAGAGCGCCAUUACAAGGUAAUGCGGUGUGAAGAUGUUGAUGCUUGCUGUAUACGGAUGUUUGAAUGCUUCCUUGAAGCUGCUCCACAACUUAUGCUUCAAAUAUACAUCCUGAUGGAAUACAGGGAAAAGGAAGGGACUUGGCUUAUUGAGGGAAUAAGAGCUGCAUCUAUCCUGUCGUCAUGGGCAAGUCUGUCGUGGUGCAUGGUCUCCUACCAUAAAUCUCUUCGACUUUCACACACAGACAAGGAAAACAUGCGAAUUCCAGGAAUGAUGCUCUGCUUCCUUUGGAGAGCAACAGAAAUUGGUCCAAGAGUUAUAGCCUUGGGAAUGUUUGCGUCUCAGUUCAGCUGGGGAGUUUUCAUUGUUGUAGGUGUUCAUUGGUUAUUGAUGUCAAUGUGGUUAGUUUGCCAGAAUACAAAGUUUUAUCAAAACAGAUGUGAAGAGAAAUGCUUCAACUUUGUGUGUGGUUAUGUGUUAGUCUUCUGUUUCCUGAAUGUAAGAGAUGGAAGAACAAGAUAUAGAAUGAUGUUGUUUUACUUCAUUUUUUAUGCGGAAAACUGGUGUAUGAUGGGAUUUUGGUUUUACUUUACAGAGGAUAAGAGUGAAUGGUUUUAUUUGCCAGCAUUUUUUGCUGUGACACUCAGUGUAUUUUUACACUUGUUCUUUCAACUGACAUACUAUCAGUGUUUUCACCCCCUGGGAUCAGGAAAAAUACCUUGUUGUUUGCAUGGCACGGAAGAGUACAGUUGUUUUCAGUCAAUGUGCCAUGAGUUGGAACCAACUGAAAGGCCAUAUUUGGAGAACCAACAAGUUGUAUCUGUGUAAAGUUUUUAUUUUGGAUGUUUUACCUUUUUUGCAAUACCUCUUUAGAUAAUUAUUUUUGUACAAGGUGUGAACAAUGUCUCAUUUUAUUUAUUUCUAAGAGAAAUUUUUUUUAUUUAAGGAAUUAUUUUAUUCUGAAGGCACUGCAAGGUCAAACUUUGUUAUUGUUAAUUACUUGUACAUAUUUUAGUACCUACUUUUUUAUUUUGAUCAUAAUGUUAUGCAGUUAUGUUUAAAAAGAAUGUGUUUUAUAAUUCUAUACACUAUACAGUUGUUUGCUUUUAUAAAUGAAAUAACUGUAUACUUUUACAAAGGGGAUAAAUUCUUUCUUACUUUGGACAUUUACAAACUCUGAAAGUAUAUAUUUUUUAAUUAACCAUGUGCCUUUUAAACUUUUUAUGGCCUAUUUAUCUUAAUGCAAAAUUUAUGACAGGGGCUCUAAAAUUCGGGUGAAACCGGAAUUCCAGAUGAGUGACUCCUGGGCACUUUUGAGAUCUAUGCUAAUCUGAUGUGGGGGGUUUUCAGCGGAGAGGGGGUCGGAGUUAUAGACUCUCUGGAAUGCCAAAAUGUGUUGCUUAGAUGCUUUUUAGUGAAUAUCUAAAAUGCCUAAAUGUUUCAGUCAGUCAGCUUUGCUCCCCUCGUCUGCCCCCAGUCCCCUAACUUUUUUUCAUAUAAUCAAUAUGUAUUGGCAUUAUAUUUGCAAUCAGUUUGAUUACUACUAUAUUUUUGAGGGUAUUUAUGAAUCAUACAUUAAUACCAUAUCACUGUAUGGUUGUAAGCUUGAAUUUUCAAAGUUGGACCAAAUUAAUGUUGUCUGCAGAGCAUUAUCUUAUUUGAGCAAUGUUUAUCGUAUGAUCAACAAACUUAGUAAAGAAGCUGAACAUUUAUUGGCCAGAUAGUUAUGGCCAUUGAAAUGCAAAAUGUUAGCUUAAUUAACAUUAUACCUUGAACAAUUUUUGUCCAAGCUUUGAUUUAAACAAUUAUUGUGCAAUUUUUAACUAACAUGGUCACAAUGUGUUUUGGCCUAGUGUUCAAAUGCAAUUGAUAUACAGUCCAAACUCGCUAUGUCGACGUCGGAUAACUCGACUUUCUGGUUGUGUCGACUUUUUUCUCCGGUUCCGAAUUUAUUCCUUCUUAUUCUUUAUGAAAUUAAUCUGCUUGUGUCAAUUUUUUAUCUCAAUUUUUUCGCUAUGUCGACAUCCUAUUUCAGUCCCUGUGGUCGAAUUUCAUACAUUUUCCUUGUUUCUUAAGUCAAACUGUAGAUCGGGUUGUAGGUGCGAAAAUAUCCAUGACGAUUUGCGGCAUGUCGCUAAAUUACCGUGAGGGUCAAAAUUACAAAAUGUCAUAAUUGGAGGUUAAUUGGUAAGUGUGAAUAAUAACAUUGUUUGUUUGAUUCUAGAGACAUUUAAAGCUCAAGCUAUUAAUUGAUACGCACAACGACGCCGCUGGGAUCAUCGGAAAAUUCGACAACAUUGAAAGUUACGUGACAAAGAAACUAUACUGCAUGUAGAAAUCAAACAGGCAUAACGAAUGUGCUAUUUUAAGUUGUUGUCAUUUAACGUAAAUUAAUUAAAUUUGAAGCAAAUAAUUCUAUCUUUUUGGCGUUAUUUUUAUGGCGUUAUUUUUAAAUAAUACGUUUGCUGUUUUCAAGACGGUUUCAGGACCAUUCAUUUGCAAAAGUCAGAACUUAAAUGUGUUGUGAUUGUUGAUAUUUUUUUGUAAUUAGGAUGUGUCGAAUGCCCAUUGUCUCGACUUUUUUCACCAGGUCCCGACGAAGUCGAUAUAACAAGUUACGACUGUACAUUAAAAAUGGCCUAAAACUUAUAUUGUCUGUAACUGCUUACUACUUGUAUGUGACAAUGGCUCAUGUGAUGGACCAAAAAAACCUUGCCAUGAGACAUCCUUGUUGUUGUACAAAUAAUGGUAAUAGGAUAUUAUUGAAAUUAAAGGUUGAUAUAGAUGUUAUUAAUUAAAUGUUCCCUAGAAAAUCCAGGAGGUAUGGGUUCUUUUUAAAUGAGAUUAAAUCCUCCUAAAAAUUGUAAAAUGGUUAUAUUAUGUAUAAAAUAUGUGUGUCCAAAAGAAUAUUUGUGAACCCUGGGACAGCCAAAUUUAAGAACCAGCUUGGUUAAAAAAGUUUUAACACUAUUUCAAGUAUCUGUGGAUGAAAAGUGUUUACAAAAAUGUGUAUAAAAUGGUAUAUAUGUGUAUAAAAUCAGUAUACUCAGUAGUUAACUCUCAGGUUUUGUUUUUCAUAUAUGGUCAGGGGCGUAGCUAGGCCUUAAAAACUUGUAGGCCCGAUGGUUCUAGGUGAAUUAGUGGAUACCCACCCACAAAAUUUCUGUCUUAAUUAGAAGCAAAAUAGUGCAAUUUGGGAGCAUCCAGGAGAAAAACAAAAAGCAAAAUUACAUCCAUUUUAUAUGCACAUUACACAAACUUAAAUGUAUGUGCAAUGAUUACAGUAAAAUCAAGCAAUACACGCAGCACAUAGUUUAAAUAAACACUAGACUUACUUUUAUUAUAAUAACUUUAAUAUAACUUGUUGUUUAUAUAUAAGAGUUGUUAUUAGUUUUUAUUGCAUUUUGGGGUUAUUUAAAUUUUGUCAUUUCUCAAAAAAGUUGCAGGCCCAGGCCUACAAAGCUUUUAUGUAGCUACGCCACUGAUGGUGAUCAUACUAUGUUCUGUUCACAAGUCAUUCAUAAAUUACUAGUCAUUUUGUUGAAAGCUCACCUGGGCUCGUAGAGCUCAAAUGUGAACCAUUGUGAUAGAGACUGUCUGAUGUCGUCAAGAUUUUCCUUCAAAUGUCAUCUUGUCAUAAAUUACUGGGCCAAUUUCAACCUAACAGGAAUGUUCCUUGGUUGAUCCUUUUACAUUCCUUCAAAAGAGUGGUUCCAUGCAGAACAAUGAAAGAAAAAAAUCUCAGAAAUUCAAUGAAAUGUUCCUGAGGAGAAUUUCUAUCGAAUUCCUUGAAGCCAUGUUGGUUCCUUAAAACAACAUGGUCACCAAUGGGGCAGGCAUAGUUUUUACUACCGAUAUAAGUUGAUAUGGACAAAAAAUGAAAAUCUUCCCAUCAGAAACUGCUUUCAAUAUGAAUUCAUAGAAAUGUUCUUUGGGUGUCCUACCAAAUUCCUUGAAGCUGAGAAUGUUGGUUUGUAAAAAAAAUGCCAGGGUCCAGCGUUAGUUAGCUCACCUGAGCUUAAUGUGCUCCAGGUGAGCUUAUAUGAUCAGUCUGUGACCAAGGUACUUCCAUCAACAGUUGCUUGAAAGAAAUCUACUCUGAAACAAUUGGGCCAAAUUCAAUGAAACUUCAUAGGAAUCUUCAUGCGGUGACCUACAAAAAGGCCAAUGGACCUCAUUAGCAACCACUAACUUCCCUUGUAAAUCACAUUUUUCUUAUUUACCAAUAACUUUCUAGACCAUGGCUUACUUCCUUAUAAAAGCUUGCUUCCCUCAAUUUUGUCCAGGUUUUCGGGCGAGUAAUAUAGGACCAUAAUGGCUCUCUUGUUUACCCGAUAGAUUUUAUAUUUUAUGUCAAUAAUGGAAGGAAUACUCAAGUUAGAUUGUAUAACAAUUGUAGACUGGUGUUUUAGUGACAUCUGUCAACAUAUGAUUGUUGUCACAAAUGUAUGUAGAGAUAUUGUAUGCAUGUAUAUAUGUUAUUGUUAAGAUAAAUGAUUUUGGAUAGAAUGUAAAAAUGGUAGAAAUACAAAUGUUUUAGACAUAUUGUAUUCUUCACAUAUGAUUUUUACAUUGCCUGCACCAACGGUAUUUUCUGUCAUUACACUAUAGUCAUACCAUGGGAAAAUUGACUGAUAAACUCUCAUUUGAAUGAAUAUGCCUCAUGCAGGGGAGACAACUCUUCUUCCAGUAAAAUUGUAUGUUACCAUUAGAUACUGGAGAUUUCGCCAGAUUAUUUUUACUAUGGGAAAAUGUCAGUAUGUGUGUCAGUGCAAAUUUCCGCAUUGGUUCCCUAGGGAACAAAUGAAUCAUUAGUGAUGACAAGAUUUUCUUAGCCAAAUCUACACGAAGCAUACCGCAAUAGUGUGUCAGAGGUUUCCAACAAUGAUGUUUGUAGAGUUUUGCAUAUGUUUUUUCUGUAAGUGGUACUGGUAAUUUCCACUAACUUUUUAUUUGUAUUGCUUUAAAUCAUGAUCCUCUAGCAGAAUAAUCAUUUUAGUAUUGCAAAUGUAUUAUCUCAACUGGUUGUAUUAAUCAAAGGGUAUAAAACAAUGUAAAUACUCUUGGAUGGUUACUUUUAGUUGUAUAUUUAUAUGAUUAAUUCAAUUACUCAUAUUAGUCAUGUGAUUCUUUUAUCUUUUAAUUGUGUUUGCUUUAUCUGGGUAUAUUUAAAGGCUUAUUGUUUAGUUGUGCUAGUGAAUGUGGGUUGCAAUCAUUUCAAUUAGCAGGACUGUUAAGAACAUUUAGGGCAUUUUAAUUAAACGUUGGGAGUCCGUGUUGGGUUAAAAAAAAAUCAGAAAGUCUGGAUGUUCACUCAAAUCUUGAAUAAAUACAGGUUGUAUAAAAGACUCGAUACUUCACAUGGUUGUUCAGGGCCAUUAGACAAUUAAGUUAGACAACUCUAUAUGAUCUUAAUUACAAAUUAUGACCUUUGAUUGACUUAGGAAAUUUGUUUCAAUUUUUAGGGCAAUUAUAUCCGUGCUCUUGAAUACUAAUUAUGGCCCUUGAUCAAUUAAGAGUUUGGUUAAAGUUUAAAGAAAAGUCAGGAUUUUUACCAUAUUAUACUGUGUAUAGGACGCUAGCAUAUACCGGUAGUCAUAUCUCAAAAAGCGUUUAUUCAAUUGACUUGAUACUUCACAUAGUUGUUCAGGACCAUAAGACAAUUAAGUUAGAUUGACUUGAUAUGAUUUAUAUGAUUAGUUAUAUUGUAAAGUGUGUUUUCAAUAGAGAAUGUGCAAGAUAAAUAUUAUGAACUGCCUUAAUUUCACGCUACUAUUAUCUUGACUGUCCUAGUCUCCCAGAUGUAAUAGGUAAAUAUGUUAUGUGCUGUGAUGUCUUAUUUGUUUUUUUACACUGCUUACUGAAAUAUAAAUAACAGAAAUGUGAAGUGUUUGUUUUUCAU